AUGGUCCAGUCUUCUGACAAUGCUGACGUUCUUCCUCCCCCAGCAGGAGCCCUCUGCAGCCACGACUAUGACACCUGGGGGACAGGACUUGGCAACAGCUCCGCCAACACUCACAGGAGGGACUACCAGCAGGUCGUCGGAAAUGGCCUGGUCGACGUCCCCUUCCCCAUCCCCAUCCCCAACGACACCGUCCUCCUGGGGACAGACGCCGAGGGCGACGAGAGCACCACCCGGUUCCUGACGAUCGGGAUAUCCUCCGUGUGGCGCAAGGACGACUACCUGAAGGGCACCAUCGAUUCCAUCCUGAAGGAGACGAGCGAAGGAGAGAAGAACGACAUCUUCAUCUUCCUGCUCUUGGCCGACGCCGAUCCUAACCUCAGGUCCCAGCGGGCUCUAAACCUAGGCGUGAGAUACAGCAAGGCAAUAGAGUCGGGUCUCCUGAGAGUCCUGCAACCUCCAGCCGCUCUGUAUCCCAGCAUUGACUUCACAGCCAUCAGGAGAACCUACAACGAUCCCGUGUCCCGGGUCCAGUGGAGAACAAAGCAGGUGCUGGACUUUGCUUUUCUCUUCUGGUACGUGUGGACUCGCCAGCCCUCCACCUACUACUUGGUUUUGGAGGAUGAUGUCUUAAGUGCCAAACAUUUUGUGACAGCCAUCAAGGAUUUUGUAACCCUGCAUAAAAGCCAUCACUGGAUUUCUCUCCAGUUAGCAGGGUUCCUGGGUAUUGGCCAGCUGGUACGCAGCAGCGAUCUAGACCGUCUGGUGUCUUUUCUUCUUUUGUUUUACCGGGAGCACCCAGUGGAUGUCCUCAUUAACCACUGGAUUUCCCUCAUGGCUCCUGAGAAACCUCCUAAAGACAGACCAACCAGGAGAGUUCCAGGACUCUUCCAGCACAUUGGCGUCCAUUCCACUUUAGCCAAUAAAACCCAGUCUCUAAAAGAUAAUACAUUCAGUCUGGUCAAGAGAAGAUUUUCCCACGUGAACCCAACUGCAGACGUGGUCACCACGAUACGACAGUACAAGGCCUACUUAGCAGAGCACGCUUACUCUUCAGCCCCGGGCAUGUUUUGGGGAAUACCCAAACCAGGCGACACAUUCGAUAUCCUUUUUCCCGAGCCCCUGAGAGUCUCGAGGGUGGUGGUGCUCACUGGGGCAGCCAUAAACAAAAAGAUUCGAGAUCGACUCUUGUUUGGAAGCUUAGAAGUAUCUCCCAAGUUUUUGAAAAUGGAGAACCCAAAGAAAGCUUCCUGCAAGGGAUUCACUUCUGUCCAGGACUUCAAGAAUGGAGAAAUGGACAUGAAACAUUUGCGUCAGCUGUUUCCUAUGGGCAUCCAGUGUAUCCGAAUUUCAAUCGGACCAAAACAAAAAUCAUGGAUUGCCAUCACAGAAGUGGCUGUCUUUACUGAAGAUGAUCCAUCAGUUGAAGGAUUAACCCUCCCUAUAUCUAAAGCUGAUUCUACAGGUUAAAGAUGAUCAACAGAGUAACUGAAUGGUUCAUCUCUAGUCUUUAUUUCUCAAUGUUUUAGAGAAUAACAGUGGACCACAAUGUCAGUGAUGACACUAACAGUGGAAAAUCGUUUAAACUUUUAGUCACUGAAAAAAUUAAGGCUAAGCAUUCAAAGUGCGCUGAAAGAUAACUGUAUCAUUAACAUUUGUCCAGCACUAGUAUCAAAUGCAAUUUUUUUCAGAGCAAUUGCACAAAGAAAUUCAAUGGUGGGAAUAUUUAUUUUGAAGAAACUAAUAUUGAUGUAAGCUGUUGUCAUCUUAAAUUUUACAUGUCAGCAGAAUACAGUAAAGUAACUCAUAAUUAGUUUUGCAUAAAGGGAGCAUAAUGUAUGAGAAACACAUAAGAUUCAUAUUUCAAACUUUUGGCUGGACAAUAAACACACAUUUCCUGUAAGGCAAGUCACAGAAAAGUUGCAUGAGUUUACACAAACUUGCAAAUUUGUAAGGUUUUACAUUUAUUUUUACUACUGGUUUUCUCUCAUACAGGAGUCCAUAAAUAAAAGGAAGUUAAAAGUGUGAUCUUGUAUUAACAUUGGUUUGCAGUGGUUUGGAGAAUGGCUUUAUUCAUUUUGCAGCUCAUGCUGCACCAUUAAGAAAACCAAGAAGUUAUACAAUGGUGUUUA